AGGGGCAAGAAGCGCAAGAUCGCCGCGUUCCUCGCGUACGUCGGCAAAGGGUACCAGGGCUUCCAGCGCAACCCCGGCGCGAGAACCAUCGAGGAUGAGCUCGAGAGAGCCAUCGUCGCCGCGGGCGGCAUCUCCGCCGACAACGCGGGCGACUUCACCAAGGUCCAAUGGACCCGCGCCGCGAGGACGGACAAGGGCGUGAGCGCCGUGGGUCAGUGCAUCGCCCUGCGCAUGGUGCUGGAUCCCCCCGGCGUCCUCGAACGCAUCAACGCGGCGCUACCGGAAGGAUUCAAGAUUUUCGGGUACAAGCGCGUCACCGGCGGGUUCAACGCAAAGACCAUGUGCGACCGACGAAGGUACGAAUACGUGAUACCCACGUGUGCGUUCGACCCGAGGCGUUGCCUGCCCCGGAGGGAGGAUGACAAAGAAGCGAAGGCUUUCGUCUUUGACGAGGAGCUUCGCGCGCGCGUGAACAAGAUCCUGGGCAACUACUGCGGCACCCACAAUUUCCACAACUACACCGUCCGCGUGGACCCAAACGACGCGGCCGCCAUGAGGUACAUCAUAUCCUUCGAGUGCGGCGAGCCCUUCGUCAUCGACGGCGUGGAGUUUGUCCGAACCACGGUGGUUGGCCAAUCGUUCAUGCUCCACCAGAUUCGUAAGCUCAUCGGGACGAUGCUAUGCGUCGUUCGCGGUUACCUUGCCGAGGAGGACCAGAUCUUCGCGCUGAAAACCAAGGAGAGCUGCUCGCACGAGCCCCUCGCGCUGGACGAAUACGCCGACGACGUCGAGGCUUUUAAAAAGUCCCACAUCUAUCCCCACAUGGCGUCCACGGAGAAGGAGGAAGGCACCAUGGAAGCCUGGGUGCGCAUGCUACCCUUGA